CUACUACCCUUCCGCGUCCCCCUUUCUCUCUCUCUCUCUCUUGUAAAUUCACAGUGCGGGGGUGGGGGGUGAGAACUGAGAAGAGGGGUAAUUGUAAAGGAGAUGAAUAGUGUGGUAUUUAAUUGUACGAGCAUGCUUUUUGGUGGAGAGAAGAACCUGAUGCCCCUUUGAUGUGUGAGUGGGUGGUGCUGUUUUCUCUUCUACUGUUGAGGUGAUAGAAUCAAAAGAAGGGGAAGAGAUAUCAUCAUCUUUUGAUUUGCUGAUAGUGUGUCUCUCUAUUUUUGGGUGGUGGAGGUGGGGUUGUUUUGUGGAGGAGGAGAGGCCUUUUAGGCUACUGUUAUGCUGAAGGUUAAGAAUAAGGAGAAGAUAAGAAGGGAGAAGAUUAGCAGGGAGAGACAGCUUAUCAGCAGAUGUUAUCCAUUGAAAACCCUCCACCUGCAGAUCCCCCAUGCUCUCAGCUAACCUCUCCACUGAAAAGUAGUAGUGGUGAUGAAAGGGAUUCUUCUUCUGGUAAGCUUGUUGAGAAGCUAGAUCUGUCCCAGUCAGCCCUUGAUGACAAAAACAGCAAUAAUCCACCCUCAAAUUUCUCCAUAAGGGAUUAUGUUUUUGGCUCCAGGAGCAAGAAUAUCAAGACCAAUUGGCCUUUUUCUCAGAAAUGUUUGCAGCUUUGUUUGGAUCAUGGUGUGAAGGAAUUCUUGCCACCUUUUCAGUCUUUUGACAAUUUGAGAAACCAGCCAGUGAAGAAGCCUGUGGUUGAAAACACCUCAGUUGUUGAUAAACAGAAUAUAAUCAUUUCAGAUGGAGAUUUCUGCAGGCCAAGUGAUUAUUCCUUGCCUGUUAGUUCUCGCGAUUCUGAAUUAGCUUCUGAAUCUGUCAACAUAAAUUCAGUCCGAUCUGAAGGAGAUAAAGCCUAUCCUUUAGCAACAACUAGCCAGUCUUGUUCAGAAAUUGAUUCUGUUCCUGCUACUAGGAGUUCUUGCUUGGAAUUCGGAACUAAUAUCCUGCCAGAAUCGACAAAAACGCGAGGACCAAACAAGGUUCCUUCGGCCAAGAAGUGCAGCUUAACAGUCAAACUGAGCAGCACAGCAGCCCAAAGUGCAGAAGAAGAUAUCAGAACUAGUAAUUUCGCUAUUUCAGAAUCAAUGGCUUCAAAAACAUGCCCGGUUUGCAAGAAUUUUUCGUCCUCUUCAAACACCACUUUGAAUGCCCACAUUGAUCAGUGUCUUUCUAGUGAGUCAACAAUCAAGUGGACUUCGAAUUGUGAAGUGAGCAAGCAUAGGAUGAGGCCAAGGAAAACAAGACUGAUGGUGGAUAUCUAUGAAACUGCUCUACGCUGCACGUUGGAAGACCUCGAUAGAAGAAACGGAACAACCUUUGCUGUUUACCCGAGCUUUGCUGCAGAAGAGAUGGAUGGAUGUGCUGACAAUAAAACUGAAAAUUUGUCACCUAUGAAUCUUGACAAAACAUGCGAUGAAGGUGCAGUCUAUAUCGAUGCCAAUGGAACUAAGCUUCGGAUUCUAUCAAAGUUCAAUGAUGGAGAGGCUGGAUGCUCAAGGGUUUUCCAUGAUUCUGCUCCUAAGAAAUUUGUAAAAGGUGAUAAGGGGUCCAAAUUCCUUUCUACCAAGAAGAAGAAGAAACACAAGAGUCAUGCCCAGAAAUAUCACAAAAUUCUGAAAUCUGCUGCUUACAGCAAAAAAGUUUGCUCUCGCAGUCCACACAGUUCAGAGAUUGACAGUGCUCGAGAAAGAAGUUUCGUUCGGAAGCAAAAUACUGAGAAAGGGGAAUGCCUGACCCAGCAGCACCUAAGAUCACAAGAUAACAGUAAGUUCAGUGGAUCAGGAACCAUAAGACAAUGGACAUGUUCCAAGCGCACUGGUGUGACAAGGAAGAUGUAUGAUCAUCAAGGCUCGGGAGGUGGCUUGGGUAAUGAAGUGCAUGAGCGUCCGGCUAACUUAUAUGCCAACCGGAGCUGCAGUUUGAGACCCCUAAACUCAUCUGUAAAGCCGGUUUGUUUUCAGAAAAGCCGCAAGAGAUUAGAGGAUGUACAAUGUGAGCCCCGGGAUGAUCACAGUGAGCAGCCUUAUUUGAGAAAGAGAGUGGGGCCUCCAUUGCUAGACUCUCAAAUAUCUCAUGGGAAUAAAAGAUCUGUGCUACAAAAGCGCAAAGCAAAAUAUUUGAGAUCAGAUGACCAUUCAGCCCAUCACAGUGGUCGGGGCACUGCCAAUGAUUUAAACCGUGCAUCCUCUCAAAGGAAUUUGAUAUCUGAUGUGAAUGAAGUUCCACUGAGAAAUGCUGAUAAUUUCACUGUCAACUGUAAAACAUCUACCUAUAGUCAUGCAUUCUCCUCAAAAGCGAAGAAGUUUUCAUCCCUAAGAAAGAAUCUUUUGUUGGGUAGCCAAGCAUCUGCUCCUGAAUGCAGACUUAAGAAAUCUGAGGUUCCUUGCAUGUCCAAAUCCGAUGAAGAAGAAUAUGAUGAACAAUAUGAUUCAGCAGAUAACCAGAAUGAAUUUCAAGCCAGACAGGAUGAAGCUUUUGUUAGGAGUGAUGCUAAGACAGCCAAGGUAUGGAAGAUCAGAAAGAAGAGGGAGGAGUCAAAGAAGGAGGAUGAAAUUGUGGGCAUUAGGGGUUCACAUUGCACUGCUGAGCCUUGUGUUCAAGAUACUGGGAAGAAUAAUAGCUCUUCCUUCAGUUUUGAUUGUGAUUCGGCAGGUGAAUCUGAUGAUCUAGCAUGUGCUGAGGAUGAUACUGAAACUAACCGUAAGGACAAUGAAAUCAAGACGGACUCAGACUUGGCUGCUGAUAGAAACUUCAUCAGUUUUAGCAAACAUACUGGUUCUGGAAUCGAUAGCCUGGAAUGCCCUCCUAAAUCUCAUGCUGAUGAUGCACAGUUAUUUGGCGAGGAGUUUGAAAGGCCCUUUGUUUGUGGUCAAACACCUCCACCCAUGCUAGUUUCGGGUGAUGAUCAAGAGAUGUUUUCUGCAGCUGAUAUUGGCAAGACUAUUGUUCCACCGGAUAUACAUGUAGAUACUGAGCUCGAGUCUAGUGAGUUCCACGGGUAUUAUCAUCUUGAGGUAGACCCAAUUCCUAUACCAGGACCACCCGGAUCCUUUUUACCAAGUCCUGGUCGUAUGUGUUCAGAAGACCUUCAAGGAAAUUCAUCACUGACGAGCAGCAGACUUCAAUCUUCUGAAGACCAUCCUGAGUUAGUCGAUAGGGAUUCAUCUGAUUCUCCAGUUUCUGCUACAUCUACACUAUCCAACUUCACGGUGGCCAGAUCUGAUUCCAGGUCCUCAGAGAUGUCAGCUGGAAAUCCCAGGCUUUAUGCUGCCGUAGAAAAGAACAAAUCCAGCUUCUCCAAUGAUAGCAUUGAUCCUGUAGUGGAAAAUUCUACUGCAGUUCUUGGGGCCGUAAAUGCAGGUGAGGAAAGGUGCGACUUAGAUGAUAUGAAGAUCAAUGUUACAUUGCCUAAAAAGGGUUUCAGAUUUAAAAGUGAUCAGCCAUGCUGUUGUGCAAGGAAGGAGGGAGCAUCUCAAAGUUUUGCUUUGAGCUAUCAAGACUCACCACUUUUGCAGCGGCGAACCAUGUCUUCUUCUACCCCACUUCCUGUGAGUGAAAAGCUACAGAGUGGUGAUUCAAGUAGAAGACCUGAUAACCCGAGUUUGGUGGUUAAUAUGAUGUCUAUGGAGGAUCCUAGUCCAAGUCCCCGGAUACACGAGACAAAUUUACCUACUGUAUAUAAUCACACCAAAGUUUCUGCUGACACUGAGGUCAAGGUCCCAUGUCGCACUGAUUGUGGUUCGGUGAGUCCAUCUGCUUCUAAUCCUGUUCUCAGGCUGAUGGGAAAGAACUUAUUGGUAGUUAACAAAGAUGAAAGCAUCUCCCCGCAAGAAAAGCCAUCCCAAAAGAAUUUCAUGACCGAGGCAAAUAUGCAGUUUUCAGGAGCUCCUGGAAUUCAUUGUGGGAACUUCCAAAGCGGGGAUCCUCAAAACUCUCAUCCUUCUUCCGAUCCUCAGGGGUCUUUUGUUUCUCACUCGACUAGGAUUCUUGACGUCAGCUUGUCAAGUGGUUACAAAAGUCACGGUAGCUACUCCACCACACCACAGAGGCUUCAUUCUUCACCCAUGUUCUCAGGUAAGAGUGUUGGGGGCAGCGAUUUGAUGGGCUCCUUUGGUCGUCAUGAGUCAGUAGGCGGUGGAUACACUUUGAUCACUGAACAAAUUGGAGUCGGUAACAAACUGGACGGGCAAAUAAGAUACGAUCCCAAGACUCCAUUGUCAAAUUCUGUUGCUCAUAGUCAGAAUGCAGGUUCUGCCAUCAGAGAAAUAAUCGUGAUCAAUGAUAGUCCCGAGAGUGAAGCUGAUACCGUAGUCCCUGAUGCCUCUAACAGCAAGGGAAUGAUUGAAGGGCGGAGAUAUCCAGUCAGCAUCCCAAUUCCCUCGGGCUAUAACCCAAACUAUGCAGAUCUCUACGGUUACAAGGCCCCCCACGCCCCCCACGAGUCCUCUUCCUACACUGGAUCGGGAGUUGUACGCAAUGCUAAUUUUGCAGCAGCAACAGCGGCUAGGGGAGUGAAUGCUGCUGCCAUUCCCGUUCAGUGGAACCGUUGCCCCGAAAGCUCGAGUACAGUUCACACGCGCUCUCUAACAUCUCCACCAGACACCACCAGGCAUCUUGGAUCUUCAGUGUACUAUACUCCGAGAUUCUCAUGACCUUCAAGCGUUGCUUUCUGUAAUCCUCUCCUGUACUCGUCUACUGACCAUAGAGAUCGAGUUGAAGCGAAUUGAUCUCUCGGGGCCUGGCAUAAAAUAUAGGAAUUCUGACAAAAGAAAAACCAAGCACAAAUAGUUGAGCAGAUCAUGAGUUGUUAAUUGCUCUUCUUCCUUUACAUAAUAGUGUUUGCUGUUAUAUUAGUAAUGUAUACUACCUUAAAACUUUUCUUGGUGUCGAGCUGUCUUUUUGGGGGAGGGGCCUGUGUACAAACUUCUGAACUCUUAUGCGUUUUUCUUAGAAAUCUAUUCCCAAAAAUGCUUUAGUAUGGCUGUAUUCCUUGUGAUUUUUCCCUUCAAAUAAGGAAAGACUUUCCAAGUCAUAUCAUUUUAUGUCUA